AUGAAUACUUCAUUUAAUUGUUAUAUUUUAAUACUCUCAAUUGACGAUUCUGAAACUAUUUUGGUUAAUAUUUACAAAGACAAUAAGAAUAAAAGAUAUUUUCAAAGUGAUAAAGCAAAGAUCAUCUUAGCCAAUUUCAAAGUUUCACAUCUCAAGAAACAUAUAUGUAAUAUAUAUGGUAUUAAAAAAGUUGACCAAUAUGAUGUUACACAUAAACUUGAAGGACGAAAAAUAAGAGAUCAUGACUUGUUUAAUGUGUAUUUUAAAGUUGAAUUAGCAGAUCAUAAUAAGAUUGAAAUGGGAAACAUAUAUAUUAUCGCUAUCAUCCCUACCAUUGUAACACCCGCCACUGUAAGUCUCUUUCAGCAAGGCGUUCCACUAGAGUUAAAACGACAUGAUGAGAAUCAGAAGCCUAAGGAAAAAAGAUAUGACAAGCAACUCCAUCAUAUUCCCAUCCUGGCUAAUGGGCCAGGUACAGGAAAAAGUCGAUUCCUCCAAGAACUUCUGACUCUCUUAGAACAACAUCGCAAUCACAAUGAACAUGUACUUGGUAAUUCACAAAUAUUAGCUAUAAAUAUUACAUUUAAUAUAGUUAUUAAUGCAUCAAAUGAAGAUACAUCAUCUGGUUCAGCAUUAGUUGCACUGCAAAUUCUUUAUGAAUAUUUUAUCUCUGGUAGUGAAACACUAUACUUUAAUGAAUUUAAGAGAAUGUGUGGUAAAAAUUGGAAAACUUUUGAAAUUGCAACUGCGUGUGAUAUUGUUCUUAAGGAUAUUGGUGGCAAUAUAGGUUCUCUUGAGAGAUUUAUUCAGGAAUCGAUAUAUGAUCUUUUACGUCUACCGCUCCAUCUUCUUUCAGAUGAAGAAGUAGAGAAAAUUACCUUAUGUAUGAAAGAAAAUCAAGAACUGGCAGGCUAUAUCAAUUACAACAAAACCUUUCAACGCUUUAUUAGUGAUAUUGGUGAACAAAUCUGA